AUGUCAUCGGCGAUUCUCCUUGUCGGCUUUUGCACUUUCGUCUAUAUUGGAUUCCCCGGUUUCUACCCGUUGGCAAUGCUUGGUGGAAUGUUUUGGUCGAUCGGGAAUUCGAUGGCGAUUCCAGUGAUCUCGCGGCUCGGGAUGGCGCUUGGGAUUCUCAUCUGGAACACAACGAAUUGUUUGACUGGAUGGGCGGGUGGAAGAUUCGGUCUUUUCGGCAUGAAAGCAAAUCCACCAGAGAGCUCGAUUCUCAACUAUUUUGGGCUCUCGUUGGUGCUUGUUGGUGGUUUUCUUUUCUCUCGAAUCCGAGGUGGCAAAGCGGAAGAGGAGCCGGCCGAGGGAAAAAGGAUCACUUUGCAUCUGCAUGACGCGGAAAAUGAAAAGUUGAGUGCAACGCCUGAGCAAUCCGAUGAUGAGGUUUUGAAUCGAACGACGAAAGUUGAUGGAGCCGAAGUGAGACAAGAAAUGGGGGCACGAGGACGAGGAGUCGGAAUUCUUCUUGCUUUGAUCUCGGGUUGUUUCUAUGGUUUAACAGAUUCCCUUUAUCCAACGGACGGGAUGAGCUACAUCUUUUCGCAUUAUUUCGGCAUUUUUGUCACUGGCACCGCGCUUUUCGUCGGCUAUUCGAUAUUCAAAAAAAACAAGCCAACAAUCAACAACGCAAUCACUCUACCAGCUUUUGGCGGUGGCUUGUUGUGGGCAAUCGCACAAUCGUCAUUUUUCAUCGCAAACGAUAACUUGUCCCAAGCUGUCACUUUCCCGAUCAUCACCACUCUGCCCGGUUGUGUGGCCGCUUUGUGGAGCAUUUUUUAUUUCAAAGAGAUUCAGGGUAAGCGCAACUUCAUCUUGAUGGCGAUCGCUGUCUCAAUCACACUGACCG